AAACAAUCUGAAGCCGUCUCUACAUCACGCGACCGACCGCCACUUUUUUUUUGUUGUUUAAUCGAACAAUUGAAAGAAAAAACGAGGUUUUUUUCUCGUCCGUGAUAGCAUUGCCAACGCCAUAGCAUAACUAUUACAAUUAUUUGGUGUGUGUAAAAUUCAAAGUGGUUCUCGCUGAUAUAUGUUUUUCGUCAACAUUUUUCGACAGAGUCAAAAAGUGAAAUUUUACCAAUAAUAUGUGGUGCAAAUUGGAUAAAUUCCAUGGUCCGAACGAAGAAAGCAAAACUAAGAAAAUUGAAUAAAUAGAGAAGAGAAAGUGUACCAUAGAAGCAAGAGAAAAUUUCGAUUACAACGAAUAUUCGGUGUUUGGCGGUAGAAAUUGAACAAAAACGAAAAACAUGCUCAAUCAAAUGGCAUCAUCGAGUGGCGAACCGAAAAUGUACUCGGCCACUUAUGUGGAAAACUAUUUGGAUUCCGUGGAAAAUCUGCCGAACGACGUACAACGUUAUUUGUCACGAAUCCGCGAAAUUGAUUUGCAAUCCAAAGUUCAUUUGCGUGACGUCGAUUAUUACUAUGACCAGUGGUCAAAUUGUUCAACGAAUGAACUUGAGUCGACAACAAAUGUCCCAUCGAAACGUGCCCGUGCAAUGGCACGCAUUCAACAAAAUCUGAUUGCGGCUCAGGAAUUGGGCGACGAAAAAUUACAAGUUGUGACACAAUUACAAGAAAUGAUUGAUCAAAAGACGCGCCAAUUGGAUGCCGAUUUCAAAAAUCUUGAAUAUGCGGAUAAGGAUGAUCCAGCUUUAAUGGAUACAUCACCAAAAGAUAUGCAUCCAUCCAGUCCAUCAUCAUAUGUGCCUUCAUCGACUAUUCAACGAAGUGACGAGGGUUCAGGCACUUCAACAUCGAUGAAUAACGAACACAAUGGUGGCAAUUCAAAUGCCGGUGCUAUUGCCAAUUCGACCGGUUCAAAUAAUGCUGAUCGCAAUUCGAAGAGAUCACGACGUGCACGGGACAAUGCAUCACGCAGCGGUACUAAUUCAAAUAAUUUCUCAAGCAUGUCAAAAACAUCACAAAUCGAUUUGGCCAGCGAUUCAAAUAAUUCAAAUUCAAAUCAAUCGAACAAAAAUGCCGGCACCUCCGGUCAACAAUCAAACGCUGGCGGUUCGUCCAAUUCAAAUCGCAAACAAGGAAGCAAUAAUGGUGGCGGCAAUAACAACAACAAAAAACGUAAACGUAAAUCGGCACGUUCACAAAAUGGCGGCAAUGGUGGAAAUAAUUCAAACAAUUUGGGCAGUACCAGCCAAGCAAAUGCACGUUUACAUGAUGAAACACCACCGCUCGAAGAAACCAUCGAUCCAGAUGAACCAACUUACUGUUUGUGCGACCAAAUUUCAUUUGGCGAAAUGAUUUUGUGUGACAACGACUUGUGCCCGAUUGAAUGGUUCCAUUUCUCAUGCGUUUCGCUCACCACAAAACCGAAAGGAAAAUGGUUUUGUCCGAAUUGCCGUGGCGAUCGGCCGAGUGUUAUGAAGCCCAAACAGCAGUUCCUGAAGGAGUUGGAACGUUACAACCGUGAAAAAGAAGAAAAAACAUAAAUAUAUUCUUUUCUUGUUGUUGUCAUCGUCAAUACGGCCAAUUCAUAUGCACGAACUCACAAUGUAAUAAUUUCAUUCAAUUUUCUUUUUUACUUUUCACACAUUUCGGUUUAUUCACACACGAUUGAUAUUCUUUUUUUUUUUUUUGGUACAAAAUCAUUUUUAUCAUCUUUUACAAAUGAAAUUUGGUGUUUAAAUCAAAUCAAACGGGAAUUCUAUGUAUCACUAUCAAUAGUCUAUCAUUGUAAUUCAAUUAAAUGCUACGAAUUUGUAUCGAUCAUCCUAGAAUAAUUUUGAAUGAAUUUCAUGAAGGAUUUGAGAAACACCGCAAUUGUUUAACUUUUCUUUGUUUACACUUGUUGUUCUUUAAGACAAUUAAAAUUCAUCUUUUUGCAUUUGUAUCAUUGACUUUAGUCGCCAUAUUUUCAUUUCACGAUUCGAAACUUAAAUUUUUUCUCAUUAUUGAAUAAAAACAAAAGAGGAAAAAUUAAAUCAAGAAGAAUUUGUGUCCAUUUUAUUGACAUUAGAUGUAAGAAGACACUUUUAUCAUGUACAUUUCUCUCGAAAUUCAAAUAAAUGGUUCGUUUUUAUAAAUACGUACUUACAA